UAGUGUCUGGUUCUCUUGUAAAGUCUUCCCCGUAACAACAGCUCGAGAGCUGCAGGUGUCAGGAAUUUAUGUUUCCUUCUCAUGUUAGUGCUGUAGAUUGACUGUUUACUGAGUGGAUCUGCUGGUAAUCUUUCUGCUGUUUGUCAUGAUAACAUUGGAUGUCAUUGUCGAACACUUAUCUUUGUCACUCCUUCCCAUAACCACAAGGUUACUCCCUUCUAGGAAUUGACUUUUCUAAUAUUGGGCAGACUCUUUCAACUUGAGGUUUUUACAAAUCUUCUUUUGCCUGAAUAAUUUCCAAUGCCAUUCCAAUAACACUUUUUUAUUAUUUUUCUACUUCUCUCCCCACCACCCUCAUUCAGAGAUUACCUUCCACUCUCCAAACGCUAAAGUUUACAGUUUUUCAUUGUAGUUUAAUAUUAUAGUGUUAUCUCCCCCUUGAACUUUUUAACAUGCACCUACCUGAUAACAGCCUUCCUCCAAAGACAGAGGCUUUAGUUCUGCUUAUGGACUUUCUCGUGCAGGAAUGCACCAUUAAGUUGCCGUCCUUGGGAUGAGACUAUUUCCCAGUUGUUGAUGAAGUCCCAGUUCUAUUUUUGAUGAUGAGCCCCAAGUUCCUCUGGUGCACUGGCUCAAUCAAUGUCGCUAAAUCAAUUGACCAUUUAUAGUGAGAUUUUCUUACUUUGUUAUGUGCCUUGAUAAAAUGGAUUUGUUUUGUCAUUCUUUAAAUAAGAGACCUGAGAUACUGAGGCAUGUUAAAAAAUGUACCAAUUACAUGUUACAUUCUUUUUCAUUAUUUGGCUAUCUUGCUUUUCCCCAGUUUACCGCCUCCUUUCCUUAUGCUCAAAGGAAAUAAGCAUUGUAAUGAAAAUUUAAGCUGAACAAAAUGUCAUUAUGCAUUAUAUACAAGUUUUCUCUUUGACAAAAGAGCAAUGGUAGUUUACCUACAUUUUGGUUAGUGUUAUCUGCCAAAAUUAGUACUGUCACCUUCAGAAAUAUUAGAUGACGAUGCAUUUACUCUGCUGCUAAGCUUCUGGGAUCAGUGGACUAGUAACCAGUGGCAACGUGACAGGAGCAAUUUCCUGUUGCUUACAUCAUAGCCUAUCGCAGGAUCCAAGCUGCUGCACACGCACACAGCCUGUUUUCUUGAGCUAACAUGGCAGCUCUGCUGACUGCAGAUUGAGAGAAUAGUGUGGUAGACUUUCAGUGCAGCAUACUUUCAGUGCAGCAAAUUCUCAUGGAUAUGCCUGCUGACCCAUACUUACCUUACGAUGGUGGCGGUGGCAACUGCAUUCCUAUGCAAGAAAUGCCCAGGAAAGGAGCCAACUAUACAAUGACGAAUGGGGGUGGUAUAAACAGCACAACGCAUUUAUUGGACCUUUUGGACGAACCAAUACCUGGCGUUGGAACUUAUGAUGAUUUCCACACCAUUGACUGGGUGCGGGAGAAGUGUAAAGACCGAGAAAGGCACAGAAAGAUUACUAGCAGGAAGAAAGAUUCUGUAUGGGAGUUCGUAAAAAGCUUAUAUGAUGCUUGGUCUGGAUGGCUGGUUGUAACUCUGACUGGUCUGGCAUCAGGUGCCUUGGCUGGUUUAAUAGAUAUUGCUGCUGACUGGAUGACUGAUUUAAAGGAGGGCAUUUGUCUGAGCGCAUUGUGGUUUAACCAUGAACAGUGCUGCUGGGGAUCGAGUGAGACAACGUUUGAAGCAAGAAACAAAUGUCCUCAGUGGAAAACAUGGGCCGAAUUAAUCAUUGGACAAGCGGAUGGUCCAGGUUCUUAUAUAAUGAACUACAUUAUGUACAUCCUUUGGGCCUUGGGCUUUGGCUUCCUGGCUGUUUCCUUAGUGAAGGUGUUUGCUCCAUAUGCCUGCGGCUCUGGGAUUCCAGAGAUUAAAACUAUUCUUAGUGGCUUCAUCAUCCGGGGCUACCUAGGCAAAUGGACGUUGCUAAUUAAAACAAUCACUCUGGUUUUAGCUGUGGCUUCUGGACUCAGCCUGGGGAAAGAGGGUCCUCUUGUACAUGUUGCCUGUUGCUGUGGAAAUAUAUUUUCUUAUUUAUUCCCAAAAUACAACAAAAAUGAAGCAAAGAAGCGAGAGGUGUUGUCUGCAGCGUCAGCAGCUGGAGUUUCUGUGGCUUUUGGUGCUCCAAUUGGCGGUGUCCUUUUUAGCUUGGAAGAGGUUAGCUACUACUUUCCCUUGAAAACCCUGUGGAGGUCAUUUUUUGCUGCAUUAGUGGCAGCCUUCAUCUUGCGCUCCAUUAAUCCGUUUGGAAACAGCCGUUUGGUCUUAUUUUAUGUGGAGUACCACACACCCUGGUAUUUAUUUGAACUGAUCCCUUUCAUCCUGCUGGGCGUGUUUGGAGGACUGUGGGGAGCUUUCUUCAUCCGUGCUAACAUUGCGUGGUGUAGGCGACGGAAAACCACUAAGUUUGGCAAGUUUCCCGUCCUAGAAGUCAUUACAGUGACCGUCAUCACCGCAGCGAUCUCUUUUCCCAACCAAUACACAAGGAAGAACACUAGCGAGUUGAUUAAAGAGCUUUUCACUGACUGUGGGCCACUCGAAUCUUCACCACUUUGUGACUACCAGACUGAUGCAAACGUCAGUAAGCUGUUGGAUGAUAUUCCAGAUCGACCCGCAGGCCAAGGAGUUUACGAUGCCAUUGGUAAACUGGCCCUGGCACUAAUAUUCAAAAUUAUUAUGACCAUUUUCACAUUUGGAAUUAAGGUACCUUCAGGUCUCUUCAUUCCAAGCAUGGCAAUUGGUGCCAUUGCUGGCAGGAUAGUGGGAAUUGCAGUGGAACAAAUGGCCUAUCAUCACCAUGACUGGUUCAUAUUUAACCAGUGGUGUAAUGUUGGAGCCGACUGUGUUACACCUGGCCUGUAUGCAAUGGUUGGUGCUGCAGCAUGUUUGGGCGGUGUGACCCGGAUGACUGUUUCCCUGGUGGUAAUUGUGUUUGAAUUAACCGGUGGGCUGGAGUACAUCGUUCCCCUCAUGGCAGCUGUGAUGACAAGCAAGUGGGUGGGAGACGCGUUUGGCAGAGAGGGCAUUUACGAAUCGCACAUCCGCCUGAAUGGGUAUCCGUUCCUGGACGCUAAAGAAGAGUUCACCCAUACAACGCUGGCAGCGGACGUGAUGCGUCCUCGGAGCAAUGAAGCACCUCUCUCGGUCCUGACACAGGACGAUAUGACAGUCGAAGACCUAGAAAUGACGAUUAAUGAAUCAACGUAUAAUGGUUUUCCUGUCAUUGUUUCAAAAGAGUCGCAAAGAUUGGUUGGAUUUGCACUCCGAAGGGAUAUAACUAUUGCAUUAGAAAAUUCUAGAAGAAAGCAAGAAGGCAUUGUCAGCAGUUCCAGGGUUCACUUCACCCAGCACGCUCCGACACUUCCAGCAGACAGCCCACGCCCAUUGAAGCUGCGAAGCAUUCUUGAUAUGAGCCCAUUCACGGUCACAGACCAUACGCCUAUGGAGAUUGUAGUGGACAUCUUCCGCAAGCUGGGCCUGAGGCAGUGCCUUGUAACGCACAAUGGGAAUAUCUUGGGGAUCAUCACAAAGAAGAACAUAUUAGAACACCUCGAGCAACUAAAACAACACGUCGAACCUUUGGCGUCUCCUUGGCAUCAUAACAAAGAAGGACAUCCUUCGUCAUAUGGCUCAAAUGACAGAUCAAGACCCAGAGUCGAUCAUGUUCAACUGAACACCGUGUUGGAGGAUCGCGAGGAGAGUGAGGAGGAAGUCCACCUGUUAAAGAGCACAGAGAUCUGACCGCUCCAAAGAUUCCAGCUCAACGGCACCACAGAGAGGGAAGGCAACACAUCUUACUGCAGUUUUCAGUUAGCACUGGUCUGCUUUGGAGUGGGAGUUUUAUCAGCAGAGGCCCAAGUCAGUAUUAAACCUGAUACUACAAGCCCGCUAUACAAGUAAAACUAUGCCGAGAAAUGUCCACUUUUAAGACUUUUGUUGUUGUUGAGGUAUGCUAUUAACAGAUAAGACAACAAUGUUGGAAAACAAAAUCAGAUGUUAAUGGUCCUCCUGCCAUGUUUAAACCACUAUACUCGGUCAUUAGUUCUUGACGACUCCUGGGUUGAACCGAAACAAACAUCCUACGUCUUCACAUAGAAUACAGUCCAUUUCAGAAAUAUCGACACUGGUGUCUUGUUGCCAGGGUGGG